AUGUCGUCUGCUCGAGAGAAGCUAGCGGAGCUCAGAGCUCUCCGCGCCGCUGGAAAGAAGCGUCUCUCAACAUACGAGAUUGAAGAUCAAGGCGACAUUUACGAUGAGGUCGACGAUGACGGUUACAAGAAGGUUAUUCGCAGUCGCCUCGACCAGGACGACUUUGUCGUAGACGACAAUGGUGCUGGAUACGCCGAUGAUGGAAGAGAGGUGUGGAAUGAGCGAACUGCUGAGUACGAUAGCGACGAGAGCGAUGAAUUGCCAGCCCGAGGCAAAGCCGCGAAGAGAAAGCGUGAGGAAGAGAAACAGCGAAAGGAGAAGAUCAACAACGGGAUCUCGAAGUACUUCAACAGUGGCAAUGCUUCUGCGUCGGCUCCAAAGCCUAAGCCGGUUGCGACUGCCGAGGACGAAGCCUUCAUGAAAGACCUCCUAGGUGAGGUCGAUACCAACAUCAUUUCGAACAGCAUUCCUACCAGAAAUUUGGUCAAGUCAGAGACACGCCGCAAAGUUCGAGUUCUUUCCCCUCCCAUCUCUGAACGCCGAACCCGCGACCACAUCGACAAUAAAAGCGAGAAUGACAUCCCCAGUUCACCCAUGAAAGACCAAUCCGCGCUUCACUCCGACAACUUCGAUGAUGGCCCUCUACCGCAAGCGGAUGACGACGACAUUGACAUGGGCGACCCCAUGCCCUCGUCUCCGAUCAGCAAGGCGGUUGAGCGGAAAACGAUAGCGACCGCGAUCAAGAAGGAGGAGUCCGAUGAUGAAGACAUUGAUAUGAUGGACGUCGCCGAAGCCACCUAUUCUUCGAAUGUCAAGACCUCCAGUGUAAACAUGACCGGAAGCAGACCACCGCCCAAGUUGAAAAAAGAGAUUCUUCCCACGCCAGCUAGCUCCUCGCCUGUGAAGAUGGCAGCGGAGGUCAUGGAUGCCUCCUGGAAUGACAUUCAGAGCAAGUUGAAUGUUGUCAGCAGUCCUGCGCCAGAAAUGAGGUCCUUUGGGAAAGUGCGCGCUCAGGACGUGGUGGAGGAAGAUGGCACUUUGCGCAUGUUCUGGCUCGACUACACUGAAGUCAAUGGCAGUCUCUGCCUGUUUGGUAAAGUCAAGAACAAGCAAACCGGUUCGUUUGUCAGUGCUUUUGUGAAGAUUGACAACAUCUUGAGGAAACUCUACUUUCUCCCUCGCGAAUAUCGACACAAGCAAGGAAGGCAAACAGAUGACGAGGUUGAAAUGGAGGAUGUUUACGAAGAGGUCGACGGGCUAAUGUCGAGGAUGCGUGUGGGUAUGCAUAAGAUCAAACCAUGCACCCGCAAGUACGCGUUCGAGAUGCCUGGUGUCCCAAGGGAGACGGAAUAUCUCAAGCUGCUAUACCCUUACGAUAAGCCAGCAUUGCCUAUGGAGACCAAAGGCGAGACAUAUUCGCAUGUUUUUGGAACAAACACAUCCCUGUUCGAGCAGUUUGUGCUGUGGAAGAACAUCAUGGGUCCUUGCUGGCUCAAAAUUGAAGAGGCCGAUUUCUCUGCCGUUAACAAUGCAUCCUGGUGCAAGUUUGAAUGCCAGGCCCCGAAGCCAGCCCUGAUCAGUCCGGUUCCAGAAACGGAAAAUCUCGACACUCCCCCAUUGACACUGAUGAGCUUGUCCUUCCGACACCAACUCAACGUGAAGGACAACAAGCAAGAAAUUCUCAUGGCCAGUGCGAGAGUAUACGAGAACGUGUCACUCACAGACACGACGCCAGCAGAGAAGCUUCCCUGCAAGACAUUUACAGUUAUGCGGCCUGCAGGGCCAUCCUACCCGAUCCAUUUUGAAGCCGAAACAAAGAAGCAGCGAGGUACAUUCAUGCUGGAGAAGAGCGAGCAGUUCUUGCUCAGUAAGUUUCUGGCUUUAUUUGAGAAAAUGGAUCCCGAUGUGAUCAUGGGUCAUCAAUUGCAGGAUGUUGAUCUCGGUAUUCUUCUGAAUCGGAUGCGGGAAAAGAAGACUCCUGGGUGGCACCGGAUCGGACGACUUCGACGUACCGAAUGGCCCAAGCUGAAUAGGGGCGGAGGUGGCUUUUUCAUUGAAAGACAGCUCAUUGCCGGCCGUCUACUUUGUGAUGUUUCAAACGACAUGGGCAAGUCCCUCAUGAUGAAGUGUCAGUCGUGGAGCCUUUCAGAAAUGUGUCAGCUAUACCUGGGAGAGGGAAACAACCGCCAGGAACUCGAUGUUGAGGCAGCUCUCAAGACGUGGGCCUCGUCCAAAGAUGGCCUAAUGAAUUUGGUCAAUCACUGCGACACUGACACUUACUUCGUUGCCGCCCUGGUUUUACGUCUGCAAAUGCUCCCGCUUACGAAAGUGCUCACAAAUAUCGCCGGUAACUCCUGGGCACGUACGCUAAGCGGUACGCGCGCCGAGCGCAACGAGUACAUUCUGUUGCACGAGUUCCAUCGAAACAAGUAUAUUUGUCCGGACAAGUACUCGUCUCGGUUGCAAAAGGCCGAGGAAAAGCUUCUCGAAGGCGAUGAUGACGAUGCCGCUGACAAGAAGAAAAAGGACAAGUACAAGGGCGGUCUUGUCUUCGAACCAGAGAAGGGUCUUUACGACCGAUUUGUCUUGGUCAUGGAUUUCAACAGUUUGUACCCCAGUAUUAUCCAGGAGUACAAUAUUUGCUUCACAACGGUCGAUCGGCAAGCAACGUCUGAAAAUGAAAAUGAGGAAAAGGUUCCGGAUGUUCCCUCGUCAGAUCAGGAGCAAGGAAUCUUGCCGCGACUCAUUGCAACAUUGGUCGGUCGUCGUCGAGAAGUGAAAAAGCUGAUGAAGGAUAAACGCGCCACGCCCGAACAGCUUGCUCUGUGGGACACCAAGCAGCUUGCUUUUAAACUUACAGCCAACUCUAUGUACGGAUGCUUGGGAUACACGCAGAGUCGAUUCUAUGCCCGUCCACUUGCCAUGCUCACGACUUUCAAGGGACGUGAGAUUCUUCGAAGCACCAAGGAACUUGCUGAAAGCAAGCAGCUGCGGGUCAUUUAUGGUGAUACUGAUUCGGUGAUGAUCAACACCAAUAUGGAUACAAUCAGCGAUGCCAUCAAGGUGGGCGAGGACUUCAAGAGAACCGUCAACGAGAGGUAUCGUCUGCUUGAGAUUGACAUUGAUAACAUCUUCCGCCGACUGUUGCUGCACGCCAAAAAGAAAUACGCCGCCGUCAAUUUGACAGAGGUUGACGGCAAGUACGUUGAGACCCUUGAGGUGAAGGGUCUCGACAUGAAGCGUCGUGAGUACUGUGCGCUUUCCAAGGAAGCUUCUCAAAGGCUCCUGAACGAGAUCCUGUCGGGCGAGGACCAGGAAGUCGUUCUCAACAAAGUCCAUGACUACUUGCGUGAGCUUGCGGAGAAGAUGAAAGAGUUUGCAGUCCCUGUGCAGAAGUAUGUCAUCUACACCAAACUGUCCAAGAGCCCCGACCAAUAUCCCAACAAAGAGACCAUGCCUCCUGCGCAGGUUGCUCUUCGGGAUAUUGCUCGAGGCAAGACAAUACGACCGGGCGACGUCAUUUCCUACAUUGUUACGAGCGGAGACGCCGAGACCUCUUCUCUGCCGCCUGCGAAGCGGUCGUACAGCCCGCAGGACGUGCUAAAGCCCUCCUCCGGGCUCAAGCCCGACGUGGAAUUUUAUCUUCUCAAGCAGAUUUUCCCUCCUAUCGAGCGUCUGUGUGCUCCCAUUCCUGGUACUGACGCCGUUCGUCUCGCGGAAUGUCUUGGCCUCGACGCACGCAAGUACCAGAUCAACACGUCGAGCUCCACCCGACAGCAGGACUCUGAGAUCUACCCGCUUGAAUCCCAGAUCCCGGACUCGGUGCGAUUUGCCAACUCUGUGCGCCUCACCCUGCAAUGUCGAUUCUGUAAAGAACAGUCAGUGUUUGAGGGACUGGCCAACUCUCCUCAGAUGUGCUCUGCCAAUGGUGUCAUCUGCCCUAACCAGAGUUGCCAGAAGCCGUUCUCCGUCCUGACCAUCACCGCUCAGCUGGAGACCCAGAUUCGUGAACAAACCGCCCGGUAUUACGAAGGCUGGCUCGUUUGCGAUGACUCUGCCUGUGGUAACCGCACUCGCCAGAUCAGCGUUUAUGGCCAUCGAUGUCUGGGACCGCGUGGCCGUGCCGAGGGCUGCUUGGGUCGGAUGGCCUAUGAGUAUAGCGAGAAGCAGAUGUAUAACCAGCUUCUCUACUUCGCGGGGCUCUGGGACGUGGACAAGGCAAAGGCCGGUGCUGCCAAGGAGACUGGUGAGAAGAAAGACAGCAUUGCAGCGCUCGCCGAAUUCAACCGAGUCCGCUUUGGGACAAUCAAGUCCGUGGUGGAUGGCUACCUCAAGAAGUGCGGUCGCCAAUGGGUCGAGAUGGAUACCCUCUUUCGCUUUAUGAUACAACAAUAA